CAUGCGAGAAGGUUGGCGCUGAGCGAGCGCCCCCCCACCCCCAAGCCUGGGAUGCACACACGGGGGUUGCCUACCUGGGUGGUCUCUCUACUUUGGUGAGCUGUUGCUAAGCAGCUAAUAAUAGUCAUGUUUGCUGAGUAAUUUCUGCCCUCCAAGAGCCAAUCGCGUCGCAGAAACCCAAGCCAUCUGACAGCCCCGGGGGCGGGAGUUCCAGCCUUUUUCUCUUUCGCUCGCUCUCUCCCCCUCCACCCCCUCCCCUCCUCCUCUUUCUCCAAAUGGAGAGAGUUCUUUUUUUUCUUCUUCCAUCUCAUCUAUUGAGUCAAGGAGCUGCUGCGGCCGCUGCCCGCUGCACACACACAGAGCGGAGUCCCCAGGUCCCGGUAGCGAGAGUGGCGCGCGGCGCGGGGGCAGAAUGGUCCAGCGGGUCGGUGAGAAGAACAAGAAAGCAGAGUCCGGGACCGAGCAGCCACCGCGAACCCAGCAGCCCGAGAGCGAGCAGCCGCUUCAGAAGCCGCCACCGCCAACUCCAGCCGCAGCCGCCGCAGCAGCACCAGCAGCAGCAGCGGCAGCCCCGGCCCGGCAUCGCUGAGACCCGCCGGGCACCGUCGCGUCGCCCGCAGCGGGCGCCGAGGGAGCCGGCGCGAGCGGCGGGGGUCUGCGCGCGCCUUCUGCCGUGAAGGGGUCGAGGCGCGGGGCGGGGACGUCUGGGGGGGACUUGGGGACCGCGAGGCGCGCCCUGGAAGCGCCGGCUCUCGCCUUCCCGCGAGCUGGAUGUGGGCAGCGGCGGCCGCAAAGACCUCGGGACUCACGCGCAAUGUGGCAAUGGAAGGCGCAGGGUCUGAGUCCCCGGCAGCGGCCACGGCCGCAGCACCCGCAGCGCCCGCCGUGUGAGCGGCAGCAGCGGGUCUGUCACCCGGAGCCGGAGUCCCCGGCGGCCAGCAGCGUCCUCGCGAGCCGAGCGCCCAGGCGCGCCCGGAGCCCGCGGCGGCGGC